GCGGGCGUGUGGGGAGGGGGCCCCUUGCGGCCCGCGGGCCUAGCGCGCCCUUUCCGCUGCCGUGGCCCCGGGGGAGGGCCCAGCCUGAGCUGGGCGCCUGAAAUCGGGAGGUAUGGGGGGGCACCCCUCAGCUGUGGGGUCGGGAGCUCAGGACGCCCCCUCCCUGGAGGCGAUCCAGACCCUCUCCAUCCGAAGAACCCUGGAGGACCCCUAAGUAUUGUUCUCCCCACCCUCCAGCCUCCUAAGGUUGGGAGUUCAGGAGGCCAUUCCUCAGGAGGGCGAUUGGGGUUCCCUCUGAUCCCCCAGGGAGCCUCGUUAUUGUUCUCCUCCCACUCCAGUUUUGGGGUCCAGAGUUCUGGAAACCCCUUCCCAGGAGGUGAUCCAGAGACCCACCUGGCUCCCCCCCCACACCCUCCCAGGAACUCAGUUCUCCUCCCCAUUCCAGCGAAAAGAUGGGAAUUUGCAAGGCCCCUUCCUCCGGAGGCGAUCUAAAGGUCCUCCCUGUCCCCCAGAAACCCAGGCAUUGUUUUCCCCCACCCUCCAAACGUGGCGUCUGGGUUGAGGAGGUGAUCGAAGAACACCCUCUGCAUUUGCUUAGCCACUUCCAGCUGCGGGGUUGUGGUUCUCCGUGUCACUCUCCCCAGGAGAGCCAGAGGCCCCCCAUCCCUCCCUCCAGGAACAGAUGUGUUUGUUUGCUCCCUAGCCCGCAGCCAUGGGGUGGGUAGCUCAAGACAUCACCUCCCCAUCGGUAGUCCAGAGCUCCCUCUGCUUCCCAGAAGGGCUCCCAGUUACUGUUCCUCUAUCCUGCUUCCAAUCUCCAAGUAUGGGGCUGGAAUUCAGGAUCUUUUCUCCAGGAGGGAACCAAAAAAGUGUCCGGACACCCAUCCCCAUACCUCAGCCUUGGGAUCAGUUAGUUAUUCAGGAAUCUCCUUUCCUAGGAGAUGACCCAGGAUCCCCCCAGUAACCCAAGAGGGGCCCUAAGUCUUAUUUUUGCCUCCCCACCCCCCAGCUAGGGGUUAGAAUUCAGGAUCUGCUAUCCAACUGGUGAAACAGGACCCAAGCUUCCCACGGGAGGAGGAGCCCAACAUGGAGAGAGGGGCAGAGCCCUGGAGCUGGGCACUGGACACCUCUAGUGCCGGGGCCCAUGACUUCCAUCCAGAUCCUGCCCCGGAAGCAGCCAGCACUUCCACACCAGGGAUGCGGCGCUCAGUCCUGGUCAGGAACCCGGGCCACAGAGGCCCAAGGCCCGCUUAUGAAGAGCUUGACUCCGACUCAGAGGACCUGGACCCCAACCCCGAAGAGCUGGAUGCAGUCUGCAAAGACCCAGAGCCUGACCCAGAAGACCUCAACACUGUCUCCGAAGAUGCGGACCCCAGCUACGAAGAUCUGGGGCCCGUCUCUGAGGACCUGGACCCUGACGCCGAAGCUUCGAGCUCCAUCUCAGCCGCCCGGGACUCGGAUCCCCAAGAUCUCCACCCUAUGGCUUCAAGUUUCGACCUCGAUCCAGAUGUCAUCGGCCCUGUCCCCCUGGUUCUUGACCCGAACAACGACACCCUCAGCCCCACCGAAUCCCCAGACGUGGACCCCCUCGCAUCCAGCCUCACUGCCACUCCCGAGGUCCUGGCCCCCAGCCCCGCGGUGCUCCCUGCACCUGCCAGCCCUCCCCGGCCCUUCUCCUGCCCCGACUGUGGGCGAGCCUUCCGCCGCAGCUCGGGGCUGAGCCAGCACCGCCGUACCCACAGCGGCGAGAAGCCCUACCGCUGCCCCGACUGCGGCAAAUCGUUCAGCCAUGGCGCCACGCUGGCCCAGCACCGCGGCAUCCACACAGGCGCGCGGCCCUACCAGUGCGCCGCCUGCGGCAAGGCCUUCGGCUGGCGCUCGACACUGCUGAAGCACCGCAGCAGCCACAGUGGCGAGAAGCCACACCACUGCCCGGUGUGCGGCAAGGCGUUCGGGCACGGCUCGCUGCUGGCGCAGCACCUGCGCACCCACGGCGGGCCGCGGCCGCACAAGUGCCCCGUGUGCGCCAAGGGCUUCGGGCAGGGCUCAGCGCUGCUGAAGCACCUGCGCACGCACACCGGCGAGCGGCCCUACCCGUGCCCGCAGUGUGGCAAGGCCUUCGGCCAGAGCUCGGCGCUGCUGCAGCAUCAGCGCACGCACACGGCCGAGCGUCCUUACCGCUGUCCCCACUGCGGGAAGGCCUUCGGCCAGAGCUCCAACCUGCAGCACCACCUGCGCAUCCACACGGGCGAGCGGCCCUACGCCUGUCCCCACUGCUCCAAGGCCUUCGGCCAGAGCUCCGCGCUGCUGCAGCACCUGCACGUGCACUCCGGGGAGCGCCCUUACCGCUGCCAGCUCUGCGGCAAGGCCUUUGGCCAAGCAUCCAGCCUCACCAAGCACAAGCGGGUGCACGAGGGCGCCGCUGCCGCUGCCGCAGCCGCCGCUGCGGCUGCAGCCGCCGCCGCCGCGGGCCUUGGCCUCAGUCCUGCCUCCAUGUUGAGGCCAGGGCAGGUCUCCCUCCUGGGUCCUGAUGCUGUCUCUGUUCUUGGCUCCGGCCUGGGCCUCAGCCCUGGCCCCAGCUCCAGCCUGGGCUCUGAACCUAGCUCCGUGCUGGGCUCCCUUCCUGAUCCUGGCCCCAGAGCUCUCUCCUGCUCCGAAUCUACCCCCACCCCUGAUUCUGUCAAAUCUUCUGACCCUAAGCCUGGUCCCAACGCCAAUCCUGACCUCGUGGCCAGCCCUGAGCACGGAUCUGGUCCCAGCUCUGACCAGGAUCCCGCCCCCAGCCCCGAGCCCAACCUUGAAUCUCACCCUGACCCCUGCUCUCCCAUCCAUGACACUGUCAGUCCGGCCCUCCCUACUGGCGAGAGUCCCGAGUGGGUGCAGGAGCAAGGGGCUCUGCUGGGGCCGGAUGGCUGAAGUGGACGCCGACACUCACGGGGGCCUGGGGAAGUUGUGUGUCAUGCAAUUUAGUAAAAUCCUCCCACUGCCUCCCGGC